UGACGCAGGAGGAGACUACUUAAAGGGGGAUUAGCGCUGGCAAGACAUUAAAUCCAACCUCCCUCCAUCCAGACACCGCGCGACCCAUCAACCUGAUCUGAAGAUCGAAAAUAGGAGGGCUUACACUAAUCAGCACUUCAGACCCGAAGACAAGCAAAAGUGUCGGAUCCGUCGAGCGAGCUUUCAGCAGAGACACGGAGCCGAAGGGGGCAGCUGCAGCUCGCGAUCAAUGCAUUUACCAGAUAAAAUCGGAACCUCUGGAGAGUAAAACAGGAAAUAAUAACAUUUCGUAGGAAUUCGCGCAGAGUGCUGUGUGCUCUUGUCUCCGGAUGAACAGAAAUGGGGGAAUGGACCAUACUAGAGAGGCUCCUGGAGGCUGCCGUCCAGCAGCACUCCACUAUGAUAGGAAGGAUCCUAUUAACAGUGGUGGUGAUCUUCCGGAUUCUAAUCGUAGCGAUAGUUGGAGAAACAGUCUAUGAUGACGAGCAAACCAUGUUCGUGUGCAAUACCUUACAACCUGGUUGUAACCAGGCGUGCUACGACAAGGCAUUCCCAAUAUCCCACAUCAGAUACUGGGUGUUUCAGAUCAUUAUGGUUUGCACCCCGAGUCUCUGCUUUAUCACUUACUCGGUGCAUCAGUCUGCAAAACAAAAGGAGCGCAGAUACUCCACCGUGUUCCUUACGUUGGAUAAGGACCAGGAUUCAAUGAAGCGAGAAGACAGCAAAAAGAUUAAAAACACAAUCGUGAAUGGAGUACUUCAGAACACAGAGAACUCAACCAAAGAAGCCGAGCCUGACUGCUUGGAAGUCAAAGAGAUACCCAGUUCAGCCAUAAGAACUACUAAGUCAAAAAUGAGGCGGCAGGAAGGCAUCUCCAGAUUUUACAUUAUCCAAGUUGUUUUCAGAAACGCGCUGGAGAUCGGUUUUUUAGUGGGUCAAUAUUUCCUGUACGGAUUCAACGUGCCCUCAGUGUAUGAGUGUGAUCGAUACCCCUGCAUAAAAGAUGUAGAGUGCUAUGUUUCCAGACCAACGGAGAAGACCGUGUUUUUGGUUUUCAUGUUUGCGGUCAGUGGGUUUUGCGUGGUGCUGAAUUUAGCAGAACUCAAUCAUUUGGGAUGGAGAAAAAUCAAAACGGCGGUGAGAGGAGUGCAGGCCAGAAGGAAGUCCAUUUAUGAAAUUAGGAAUAAAGACUUGCCCAGAAUGAGUGUACCGAAUUUCGGUCGCACUCAGUCAAGCGACUCCGCUUAUGUGUAGCACAA